AUGGUUCAUCUUGAGAUGGUCUACUUGAUGAAAAUUGCUCUUCAUUUAUUUUCCAUGUCAGACAUCACAACUUUUUUACAAGUGAACAAAGCAUGUUUAGUUUCAGUGACAUCACUCCACGUCAAUCCGUGGUUUUCUGAUAGAAAUGACAUAACAAGCUACGUAGCCAAAUUCACUCCAACAACAAUGAAUUGCAACUCCGUUAUAAUACCCGACAAGUUCUGUACCAAUGUACAAUUUCUUCGAAAUGUCAAAAAUCCAAUUGACAUUGAAACAUUAAAAAGAACCAAAGUGAGCAGCAUCUCUAUUGGUAUCGACUUUAUAUGGGACAAAGAGUAUUUCAAAGCAUUGACUCAACUGGAAGGAGUCAACAAUGUUGAAAUACCCCUUCAAAUAGCUGAGUUAUAUGUUAACAAUUUUGACACAACAAAAACAGCAAAACAGUUGUUACCGAAAAAGGUGGUAUUUGUGUUGGAUUUUUGCAGUGAUAAUCCUGAUAAAAUUGAUGAAGACAAACUCGACUCAAUUUUUGAAAAAGUCAAUAAAUUUAAUACUAAAAUGGUUCUUAUUCGCAAAAGAAAAGCAGUUUUGCCGUUCACUCGAAAACAUGAUUUCGACAUUUAUGUUGAAAUAAUCGACCCUUCAGAAAUUGAAUUUGUGAAACCUUUAACACCCUCAAAAGUGACGUUUUUAGUAAACACAAACAUUGUUUAUAAUAACGAAAACAACAUUUUGAAAAUGAUUAAUAACAGUGUUUGUAAUAGUGUUGAAUUUCUUAUUACAAUGGACGUCGACUUUUUAAAGUACGAAUUUCCUCAUUUUGUCGGGGAAAUUGAAUUUAAACAAUAUACAAUGAUUGCAAAAGGGAAUUACUACGUUUCUUCUUUUUAUAUUCCAAAAAAUUCAUUUUGUGUAAUUCUCCCAAAAAAUAUCAAAAAUAUAACAAAAAUCACUGGAGAAAAUGUGCUGUUUUCUGUUUACAAAGACACCCAAAAUGUCCUCAAAGUAACAAAACUUGUUCUUUGUGAAAACACGAAUUUUGUGAGUAAAAUGGAGACAGAAAAUGGUAGCAAAAUGAAAAUGUGGGAUACAGCAAUAAAUAAAAGAGAAGUGUUUGGAAGUGUUGAAGAAGUAGUUUUACAACAUGCCACCAACUGCAAUGUGACUGGAUUUCCACGUCUUAAGAAAGUUAAAAUUCACGAUUCAAACAACGUGAAAAUUGACUUGGAAAAAUGUGAAAUUGUUGAUGCAGCAUAUUGUAACAAUUUGUCUCUUAAUUUUUCUGAAAUUACAGACAAACGGCACUUUAUUUUUUCAAAUAUAAAAAAAUUUAAAAUUAAUUUUGGGAAGACUACAAAUCGUCUUGUUACUUUGGAAAUGUUAAAAUGCGUAGACGUUUCUAUAAAAUCUGAAAACGAGACAUUUAACGAUUUGAAAUUCGUUGAGUGUCAAAAUCUGAAUUUUAAAAAUCUAAUUUCAACUUUAAAUAUUCAACUUUUUGAGUCCAAUAUUAUCAACGGUAACAUUUACAGUGAACAUGUACUUUUGAAUGGAAUAAAAGAAUCACAGCCAAUCAAUUUCUCACAAACAAAAAGUAUUUCAUUAUUUGAAAUUUCAAAUUUCACAUUUUGUAACGUUUUUACAAAUGUGAAAAUGUUAUCUGUCACGCUGUGUCACAAUUUGGUUGUUUGUAAUGAAAAUGGUUUUUUAGAAGAAAUCAAAGCUAUUUCUUCCGACAAAAUAAUCUUUAAAGGGGUAUACAAACACCUCAAAAAGUGCUCAAUAUCUAAUGAUACGACUAUUGAAUUUUCAGACUUUAAACCCAUUCGAAUUGAAAAAGAAAUAUGUGAUACUCAAAUCGAAGAUUUUGGGUUUAAAGAAAAAGUCGAAGUUAAAUACAAAUACAACGAACGCAAUGAAAUAUUAAAAGACGUAGAAAAAGAAGAAGACGACUCGGUUAAUUUGAACAAAAUGACUUUUUCUGAAUAUCUCAAAUACCAGCAAACAAAAAAGACCAAAAAGGAGUCUGAAGAGAAACCAUUAAAAGAAAUAAAAGAAGUUGAAAAAAUCAUUUCAAAAGAAUUUGUUGAGCUUUUCAAUGCUCAAAAUGUUGUGUUAACUCUUUGUGUGUCAAACACGAUAACAAAUGGUGUGAACUACAUUUCACGUCUUAAAAUAACAAAUUUUGAAGGGACACUUAAAAGGGUAUUUGACACCAAAAUCGGCAUUUUUGAAGUGAUUGGUAGUUCACUCAAAGUCUUGUUGAACGACAUAAAAACAGUUCAAAUUUUAAACAAAAUUACAUUGAAAUGUUCUGAAGUGUCUUUUAACAAUGAAUUUCUUUUUACAAACUUGUUUAUCGAAGACUCUAAAAUUACACUUGAACAAUUGGGACUUUCUUUAAAUAAAAAGAAUGAUACUGUGAGUAGUAUUGUCAUCAAAAAGUCUGUAAUUGACAACAGAAUUUGCACAACAAAUGCAAUCGAAUUUGUUGAAAUAGACGGCGGUGAUAUCAAUACAAAUUUCUUGAAAAACUGCACCGAAAAAGUUGUUUUGAAAAAUAUCAAUGAUAAAGAAACAAUUAUUAUUGGAAAUAAUGUUAAACAACUAAUUGUUAUAAAUUGUCAAAAAUUAAGAAAUUGUGUAGUUUCGCCAGUUGUGAAUGUCGAAAUUACUAAUUGUGAGAAUGUCUUAAUUUCAAAUGUCAAAAAAGAAAAAGUGAAAAUUGUAGAAUCACUUAAUGUUGAUGUUCAAGAAGUUCAACUCCAUACAGAAAGCGUUGAACACACAAAAACAAAUCAGAAUUUUGGUGCUGUAGAUUCUAAAAUAGCAAAAGGUUAUAAUAAUACAACGAUAUUUAAAGGCGAUUCGUAUCUAUUAAACCUUUUUAAAUAA